AUGUAUUCCACGAGAGAGGAGCCUGGGGCGCCCACUGUGACCUCCUACUAUGAGUUACAGCAACCACAGGCAGUUUCCAUCAGUAUAAUCCUCAUCCUGCGAGUGUUUUACUACAGUCACACCGCAAAUAGUGUGACCCAGAGAAUUCUUCUCCUCAUCAACUCCCACAAUUAUAUCCGCGUAGCCCCAAAACAGACAGAGGUAUUGAAGGGUCUGUUCUUCCCAUGGUGCGAAGGCUGCGGGUCAAAGCAGCUUCUCCAGGCUGUCGGCAUCAUCGGAGCCAUCAUCAUGCCUCACAACAUCUACCUACAUUCAGCCCUCGUCAAGUCACGUGAUGUGAACCGAGAGAAGAAGGAGGAAGUGAGGGAGGCCAACAAGUAUUUCUUUAUCGAGGCGGCCAUUGCUCUUUUUAUUUCUUUUCUCAUCAACAUCUUUGUUGUGUCCAUAUUUGCAGAGGGUUUCUAUGGGAGAAGUGCUGCAGAAAUUUAUAACAACUGUAUCGCUCAUGGAAAUCCUCAUUCCUACGUAUUCAAUACUUCAAAUGAAGAAGUGACAGUGGAUCUCUACAGAGGGGGAGUUUUUCUGGGUUGUCAGUUUGGUCCAGCUGCAAUGUACAUCUGGGCAGUAGGCCUUUUUGCAGCAGGUCAAAGUUCAACCAUGACUGGAACGUACACUGGCCAGUUUGUAAUGGAGGGUUUCUUCAAUCUCCGGUGGAAAAGAUGGCAACGGGUUUUACUGACACGAACUAUCGCCAUCUUGCCAACUGUUCUGAUCGCAGCGUUUAAUGGAAUAGACAACCUCACAAAGAUGAACGAUUUGCUUAAUGUACUCAUGAGUCUACAACUUCCGUUUGCUCUCUUCCCCAUCCUGGCCUUCACCAGUUCCAAAGCUAUCAUGAAUGAUUUUGUCAACGGAAAAUUAAUGAAAAUCAUAUCGAGUCUGUUGACCCUUGGUGUGAUUUCCAUCAACAUAUAUUUUGUUGUUGUUUACAUCCAAGAUCUACCACAACACUGGGCGAUAUACUUUGGAGUGGCUGUUGUCAUGUUCUUUUACAUAGCAUUUGUUAUCUACUUGGCUAUUUUCUGUUUUGCAGUAGCAGGUAUUGCGAGUGUUAGUGAAUGUAAACCAUUUGGUUUGAAUUUUGGACCUAAGUAUGUUUUAGAAACAAAUAACCGUAACCAAGACGUGAAUACUGAACUGACAGAAAGUACGAGUACGCUGGAUGACAAUAACACUGAAGCAGACUACAGAUCACAUCUUUGACCUCAACACUCUGUACAACAGAUAACCACAGUGAUGGGUUCACUGUGGAAGCCAUCUUGCCAUUAGGAGAUAAACACGAAGAUUAUUCACAAUAUUUUGAUCCUGAAGUCUUAUAAAUGUAAUAAGGUACUUUUUUUUUUUUUUUUUUUUUUCUUAAACAUUUUUAUUUUUAUGGAUACAUCUCAACAUGCUCACAGGAAAGAGUGGAAGAGAUUAUCAGUGGCAGAUCCAGAAAAUCCAUUUAGCCCAAUGACAUGAGGCGGAAUGCCAAUGGAACUUUGGAGGGGAUGAAAAUUAAUAUAUAAUAAAAUUAUAACUGUAGCAAAAUUUAGGGGGCUUACCUAGAUCCGCCUCUGAUUAUGGAUAUUAAGGAGCUACUUAUAAUUUGGUAGAUCCAUAUAUCAACUGAUAUUGGGCAUCAACAAAUCACCAAUGGAAGUGAUUUAACCUUUAUGAGAUCAACCAAAAGAUUAAUUAUUUAGCCUAUUUUUUUAUUAAAGGGACAGACCCUAGUUUUUAAAUGCUACGGCACAUUUUUCACUGUUAGAGCCGUUUAUGAUCACUGAAAUCAAACAUUACUUACAUUUUAUUGUUUAGAUUAUCCAUUUCCCUACAACCAAAGUGUUUCUGGUCAUCAUGGUGUUUCUAAUACAACAAAAUGCAUUUUUCGUAUUUUAAAAAACGUAUGUGUAUUUGAGAAGUAAUAAUUAUGGAGUCGUGUUUUUAAGGGUAUGUCAAUGUCACAGAUUCCUGUUUCACUCUUGUUGUAAAUUAACCAGACUUAGUGUUCAUUUUUACGGGUUGAAAAAUAUGCUUUAGUGUUUAAAAACUAGGGUCUGUCCCUUUAACUACUGCAAUUCUGGAAACAGUAACAUACUUUAUCUCGCCUUCAUGUAAAAUUCUUUAAUCUCAUUGGUUGUUUGCCGUUGGACAAAUCCCUUAUACCCCUGUGGGCGGAGCCAAAUUCUCUUAUACCCCGUCUGUAAUUUCCAACA